AUGGUUGUGUAUGGACUUCUCCGAUCAUGUUCGCUGCACAAUGCUCAGCGUUUUGUCGAUGAGAUUUGUGCAUUCUCACUUGUUGGUGCGGGGAAGAGUGAUGCGACAGCCAAGGCGCGGCAGGUGGGCGGCAGGUUCGUGACCUUUUUAAACGUCUCUCGAGGUCAGCUCAGCAGGUCAAGAAUGUGUCAAAGUGUGCGCGGCUGCAUCAAUGGAUGCGUCCUGGCCGUGAGAGAAUCAUCCCGCGCUCACGAGCUAAGGAGGAGACGGCAUGGCAUCAGGAGAUCUUACGCCCUUUGCCCUGUUGUGACAGAUUCUAGCACAAUAGUGUUCAGUUCAGUAAACAACCUCGCACUUCAAUGCGAAAGAUGCUGCCACACCCCAGUUUCGGCCCUUCUUGAUCCAGCUUCGGUCGUGGACUAUCCCGAGGGCAGCCAUGACAACAGCUUGUAA